GAGAGAGAGAGAAUCAAAGGGGAGAGAGAAGCCCGCGAUUAGCACCCAAAAACCUGACAUGUCAUCAUCUUCCGACAGUGUGAACACUUUUGCCUUUUUCUUUUACUUUGCUUUGUUACCUGGGACUCUUGUUUUUCCUUCUUGCUUGAUCUUCUACAUCUCCCUCUCCCUCUGUCUCUGUGUCUGUCUGUCUCUCUCUCUGCUGGUUUCUUCUUGAGCUCCGCACUCAAGGCAAGUGCCAUGUUGGCGUGUCUUGCGGAGCUAUGCAGAGCCUCUGCCAUUAACUACUCCUUCUGGGUUCUCUUGAUCUUGCCGUUCUUGAUCGCAAGUUCCUCUGCUUGCUCCAAUGGGGGUUGCCAGGUUCUAGACGCCUGUGCAGCUGCUUCGGAUUGUGGUCCAGGUUUGUACUGUGGGAAUUGCCCUUCCCUUGGCCACAACCAGCCAAUCUGCACCAGAGGCCAGGCCGCAGUUCCCACUUCCGUCAUUGGGGGGUUGCCUUUCAACAAGUACACGUGGCUGGUGACGCAUAAUUCAUUCUCCAUAGUGGAUGCACCGCCUUUGCCUGGGGUGCAGAGGGUGACGCUCUACAAUCAAGAAGAUACUGUGACUAAUCAGUUGAGGAAUGGAGUGAGGGGACUGAUGCUGGAUAUGUAUGAUUUCGAAAAUGAUAUCUGGCUCUGCCAUUCGUUUCGGGGACAAUGCUUCAACUUCACUGCCUUUCAACCUGCAGUUAAUACUUUAAGAGAAGUGGAAGCAUUCUUGAGUGAAAACCCAACAGAGAUUGUGACGAUUAUUAUUGAGGACUAUGUGCAUACUCCAAAAGGACUGACAAAUCUGUUUACAAAUGCUGGUUUAGACAAGUACUGGUUUCCUGUCUCAAAGAUGCCGAAAAAGGGAGAAGACUGGCCCACUGUGGCCGAGAUGGUGCAGAAUAAUUACCGACUUUUAGUUUUCACAUCUGUUGCUGCAAAAGAGGCAGAAGAAGGAGUUGCUUAUCAAUGGAAGUAUAUGGUGGAAAAUGAGUCUGGAGAUCCCGGGGUUGCAAAAGGCUCGUGCCCCAACAGAAAAGAAUCGAAACCACUAAGUUCAAAGAGUGUGUCUCUUUACCUGGAGAAUUACUUUCCAACAUACCCUGUGCAAGUUGAUGCCUGCAAAGAGCAUUCAACGCCUCUUGCUGAGAUGGUUACUACCUGUUAUAAAGCUGCGGGGAACAGAAUGCCCAACUUCCUUGCAGUUAACUUCUACAUGAGAAAUGAUGGAGGAGGUGUUUUUGAUGCCCUGGAUAGAAUGAAUGGCCCAACCCUCUGCGGCUGUAGUACUAUUGCUGCUUGCCAGGCUGGAGCACCCUAUGGGUCUUGCAAAAAUAUUAGUACGCCUACUAGAAGUCCGACCACGAAUGCUGCUGGAAGCUUUUCUGGAUCUGUUCAGUUUACAAAUUCUGCAACAACUGUCCAUGCCACAAGUUAUUUGAUCAUUCCCACGUUAUAUGUUUCACUUCUUGUUUUUCUGCUUGGAAAGUUGCAGCCGCAAGUGGCUAGAUAAUUAGGCUAAAAAGUCAGUAUUGUUUUACCUGGAGGGCUUGAGCUUCUGCUUUGAGUAGGCAAAGUCUUCCAGAACAGUGCUGUUAAACUCCAUCCAUAUUAUCCAUCCAUAUUAUAUUGGUUUGAUGAUCUGGAAACAUGGUAGAUUUAUAGAUUGUAUAUGGGGGAAGAUACUUUCAAGUUUGGUUUUGAGGCUAAACACAUGGCAUGUGUCAAAAGCUGCAGUAGUUAGUAGCUGAGGACAACCAGGAGCGCCUAAGAGUUAGGUAUGUUUUAUGCUCUUUCAUUCAAGCUAAGAGUAGGGAAGCAUGAUUUAAUACAUUCACGGGAUGCUACAAUUGUUCGUGAGGUCUUUUGAUUAUUGUAUUACGUUAGUUUUAACUCAAUUAUCUGCUUGGUUACAGUCUCAGAUACGGGGACCAUGAUUCAUAUUUCCGAAGUGCUGAAAUCCUACAUUACACUGCAUCAGUUUGCAUGCUGCAGAUGUAUCCUGUGUCAUUCCUCACAUAUUAUGUAGAAAUUUCUUGGUCCUUAUCCUCAGCAUAGAUUAUGUCGGAUUAAGCUUGUUUUACCUUGGAAGCUGGAUUUUUAACAGGAAUAAACCAGCAUUGGCUGACUAA